GGUGCCAACCGCCCGGCCGCGCGCGGGGACGCUCUGCCGCGGCCCACCCUCCCGACUCCUGUCCUGAGGCUGAGCGCGCAAGCAGCCGUUGCUGCCGUUAUCAGGUAGAAGAUGGCUAAAUACCUUAAAAAGCCCUUCAAAGACACUCUGGAUGAUAUAAAAGAACGAAUGAAAGAAAAAAGAAAUCAGAAAUGGACAAGGUUGGGUAAAAUUAGCCAGAUCUCCACUGCAAAGUGCAAAAUAGCAACCAACAGCUCCAUGCAAAUGAAGAGCAUCCAAGCAAACAACAAAGCUCUAGCUCAGGCUUUGCAAGAAGAAAAGCUCAAACUGAGGGAUGCUGAGGUUACCAUUCUUCAAUUAAAGAAAGAGUAUCAAGAUCUGAAGGUUCAGAUGUUUGACUUGCAAAGAAAUCUUAGGUUCAAGCAAGCACAAGGAUUUAUUGAGAAUCGACUAUCAGCCUUGAAUGAGAUAAUUUCAAAAGUUUCUGAGAAUUUACUGAACUCAAUCGAUCUCCUUGUCCCAGCAAAGAAUUUGUGUUCCACAAGCGUAAAUCGGAGUGUGCUUUCUUCAGUUCUUGAAAAUAGUUCCACUAUCGUAGGACAAAUACGUUCAUUAGGACUUCUACAGUGUGCUGACAGAGAUGAUCAAGUACUUCCAAGUGGGACGGAGGCUGAUAGCGAUAGAAAUGAGUUGGCACAUUCUGUGUCAGAGAUCUGCGAGGAAUCUGACAAUGCCGUUUCCUUAAUCAAAAUAGUUCCAGACAAAGGGCAAACAUCUGAUUUUCGUCUGGACAACACAGGGUCAGAGCUGGAAAAUGUUUCUUUAAGUGGAGACAAUGGAUUUGGUAAAGUGUUACCAAAAAGUGUGUCCACAAGGCGUCGCUAUUCAAAGAUGAGAAAUCACGAUGAACUUUGCACUGGUGUCUUGGACCAUUCGGAAGCACCCGAUUCAACACGAGAGCUUUCUAAACAGGAUGAAGUUAGACUUGAGGAAAGUCUAGAGAAGUGUACUGUAGAAAACAUAAAUUCAGAUAUUUCUCAGUUGAAUGAAAACAAGUUAGGCUUAGAGCUGGUGUUCAGGCGGAUGGAUUCUGAAACUGCACAGUUCAACUUAAGCAAUAAUUCUGAUCUUAAACAACAUGAGCGUAAAAGCAGAGAAACCUCUCAAGCAAGGAAAAAGAAGCAUCAGAAGGGAAAACUGGAAUGGCCUAAAAAUUCUUCCAGACAACAAAGACCAAAAAAAAGACAGGGUAAAGAGGCUUCCAAAGAAAACUUGGAGUUCUUGGGUGGCUCCAGUGAUGCUUAUGACUUUCACUUUGAAGAGAGUAUCCAUCUUACACCUUUUCGACAAAAUAAGGUGAAUGACCCAGUGAAUGACACAGAUACCCAUGUGGAUGACAAAGAUGACUUACCUGAAACUAAUACUGACGAAUCAAGUGCUACUGAAGAUUCAGAUGAUAGCCUCUACGAGCCUUACAAGAGUAAAUCGAAAAAAAGGAAAAGUUCAGUGGACAACAAAGAUACAUCACCAGUCCAUGCAAGGCCAAGGUCUAAAAGAUGUUUGGCACAGCGUGAGCAGAAACUCCAUAAUGAAAAAGAGACUGAAAGCAAUAAAUCAAGUGACAAGUCUAUUAGGCAGCCUUCUGAGCCAUCUCGUGGUCAUCUUAGUGACGUUACCAAUACCGCCUCAUUGCUCCCCAGCACUGGGAAUGCAACUACUGUACCAGAAGGUGAAGGACCACAAUCUCCUAAACGCAAGCGACGCUGUACUCUUACUGUGAGCUAUAAAGAACCAAGUAUCGCAGGGAAACUCAGGAGAGGAGAUCCAUUUACAGAUAUGAAUUUUCUGAGUUCUCCAAUUUUCAAGCAGAAAAAGGAUACUAGGCGCUGUUCUCUUAAGAAAGAAUCUCUGUCAAAAUACAAUGAGAAAUUUGUUGGUUGUCGUUGAGAUUUCCAGCCAUGAUAGCAGAACCAUGCUCAUGCCGUGAAGAAAGGAAAUCUUUCAUCCAGGAAAUCAGUGUUGCACAGUAUCUUAUACAAAUGUGCAAUUACUUCUACAUGUUUAAUAUUAAGGAUGUAAAAUUAAGGUGUCUUGGUUUUAAUCCAGUGACUUGUUAUUAAUGAUAAGGAAGACACAGGACUACUUUUGUAACUAAGGUGAUUCAUACAAGCUCUUUUGAGAGGAGACAUCCCUACAUCAUGGAUCUGUGAGUAUAUCAGAAAUACCUGAUGAAAAAGGUGGUGGAUGUAAUUUUGUGACUUAUAUCCUGCUCGAUCUCACAGUGUUUGGCAAAGGUGAACUCCAGGCACUUAGGAUGAAAUGUUUUUGUGGCUUUUUUAGUAACAAUGUUUGUACAGAUCUUGUUUAUGUAAUGGUUGUAGUUUCAUAUUGAAGCUCAUAAUAAAUGUCUUGGUGUUUGGAAACAGCUUGGAGUUGGCUGUUAUUUUUUGCACAGUUUCCAUGUUUGCUUCAAGGGUAGCAGUGUCAGCUGUGGCCAUACUGUAAGCCACUGUACUCCUUCCCCCACCUUAUGUAGCAUAAGCAUUGCUUAGAGGCAAGAUUGCCAGUUGUAAUUUGAUUAUGUAGCUGGAGCUCUUAGAAGUAGCAAUUUAGGGUUGGUUGGUACUAAACUUACAUUUCCUUUGUUCCUAUCUGGUUAUCAGUGAAGGUUGCAAAGAGUGCUCUGCUUUGGUGGAGUGUAAAAUAAACCACUAUUACAGGACCUCAUAAUUAUUUUGGCUCUGCUUUGCCAAGUAUCUUUACCAGGGGAAGUAUUCUGCCGCUUCUGAACUGGUACCACAAUGGGCAGUAUGCUGGAAGAAUCCUGUUAUAAAUGGUCCAGCAACAUUUCAAGGUUGUAGAGCACUCAAACUCGCUUUUCUUUGCUAGACAAACAUUUAAGAAGUAUUAAUGGAUACAUGAAUGCAAAAAGUAAAGCUACAUUGAAAAUAAAUAACGGGAAAUUACAAAAAUACAGGUUCAUUGUCUUGCGAGAUUGCCUGUCUCACUUCAAUAGGUGUAAGAGCUCUCCCUUUCUGUAAUAAAAAUGUAUAGUGUAAUUACAGUUUUACUGAUAAUUUCUUACAUGGCUCUCUCAACAGUAAUAAUAAAAGGAUUUGGAAUUCCCAAUUGCCUUCAUCUAAGUAACCUCAUGGUGACAGUAGGUACGUACAAGCUCAACGUGGACUGUAGUUUGCUCCUAUCUAUCUACAUGGUGUCUUGUGAAAAAGGGACUCUACUAGACAAAAACGAGAAAACAGCACGAGCGUGCUUUGAGGUGAUAAAUCAAAACUUGAACAGCUCAAUCAAAGAAUUGUUUGCGCUGUUGAGGAGAUGGGAGUAACAGCACUGUAGCUCAGUUAGUAUGGAGCUGGGAAUGCUAUUUGGAAUGGUCGCAGCUUUCCAUGUUGAAUUCUCAGCUCCGCACACCAUGCUCCCUGUGAACUCCCAAGGCUUUUUUGCAUAUUUUCUAGUGUGCCUGGAAGAUGCGCUGACAGCAUCCUUGUACCUUCACUGUGCUCCAUUGUGAAAUUGCUUCAGUGUAUAUAUUUAUAGUGCAAGAA